UCUGCAUAACAAGAAUAUCAUUGCUGAAGACUAAUAUCAAAGAAAUCGGUUCUACGGGUGCGCAAUGUCAUGCAAGCCAUCAGCCUCGCAGCCUGGUCUGGCUCGGACUCGCUACGACGACCGACCGAUUGUUCUUUAAUGUUCUUACGUACUGUGCAAUCAAUCAUUGAACAUCGCUAACUAUUAUGGUUCCAAAUGGCCAGUCUCUUCUCGAUCCAUGUAACCAAGCUGUUCGACAACAAUGGUGAUACACUGGAAGCAACUCGAGUACCCUGCAGUGGAAGAACGUUUAAGCGCAAGACAUUCAAACUCGAUAUACCUCACUUCAUGCUCGCCAUCAACAUUUGUCAAAAAUCCACCAGACAAACAAGAUGCUCAACGGCAAGAAAUCCGUCCUAGUAAUCAACGGUCCAAAUCUGAACCUGCUCGGGACCCGCGAGCCGCAAAUCUACGGCCACGAAACGCUGGCAGAUGUCGAAGCCAGCGGCAAGAAGCAGGCCGAGAGUCUGAAUGCUGCCAUAGAUUUCAUGCAGAGCAACUGGGAAGGCGCCAUAAUCGACCGCAUCCACGCCGCGCGAACAGACGGGACGGACGGCAUCGUUAUCAACCCUGGAGGCUUCACGCAUACCUCUGUCGCGAUUCGAGAUGCCUUACUAGGUGUUGAGAUUCCGUUUGUCGAGCUGCAUGUGUCGAAUGUGCAUUCGAGGGAGCCGUGGCGGCAUCACUCGUAUUUUUCGGAUAAGGCGAAGGCGAUUAUUGUGGGUUGACUCUCGUUUGACGUGCGGUGAAUGACUUGCUGACGUAGAGCAUAGGUUGGGUUUGGGGCACAGGGAUAGUAUGCAUCAUUGAGACCAGCCUUCUGUCGUUAUCGACAUCUGCUGACAGUCACGCUCUAGUAAGUACGCGAUCGACUUUGUCG